AUGGUGGACAUGGGCGGCCUGGACAACCUGAUCGCCAACACGGCCUACCUGCAGGCCCGGGGCUCGCUGGACGGCGGCCGCGACCCGGAGCUGCGGCGCCGGCGCCGGGGCCUGGCGCUGCCCGGGCUCGAGGGCUGCGCGGAGCUGCGCCGCGCGCUCGCCCCGCACUUCCACAGCCUGUGCGAGCAGCAGCCCCUCGGCCGCCGCCUCUUCCGCGACUUCCUGGCCUCGGUGCCCGCGUACCGCGAGGCCGCCGCCUUCCUGGAGGACGUGCAGAGCUGGGAGCUGGCCGAGCAGGGCCCGGGCAAGGCCCGCGCGCUGCAGGGGCUGGUGGCCGCCUGCACCCGCGCCCCUGCCGAGCAGCCCUUCCUCAGCGCCGCCCUGGCCACCCGGUGCCAAGCUGCCAGCUCCGACGAAGAGCGAGAGGCCUUGGUGGCGCUGGUCAAGGCCGACACCAUGGCCUUCUUGCAGGGGCAGCCCUUCCGGGACUUCCUGGACAGUCCUUUCUAUGACAAGUUUCUGCAGUGGAAACUCCUGGAGAGGCAACCCAUCUCGGACAAGUACUUCACCGAGUUCCGUGUGCUGGGAAAAGGUGGUUUUGGGGAGGUCUGCGCUGUACAGGUGAGAGACACUGGAAAGAUGUAUGCCUGUAAGAAACUAGACAAGAAAAGGCUAAAGAAGAAAAACGGGGAGAAGAUGGCUCUCUUGGAAAAGGAGAUCUUGGAGAAGGUGAACAGUCCUUUCAUCGUGUCGCUGGCCUAUGCCUUUGAGAGCAAGUCCCAUCUCUGUCUGGUCAUGAGCCUGAUGAAUGGGGGAGACCUGAAGUUCCACAUCUACAGCACGGGCCCGCGGGGCCUGGCCAUGCGUCGCGUGGUCUUCUACUCGGCGCAGAUGGCCUGUGGGGUUCUGCACCUCCACGGCCUCGGCAUCCUCUACCGGGACCUGAAGCCGGAGAACGUGCUCCUCGAUGACCUUGGCCACUGUCGGCUUUCCGACCUGGGACUGGCCGUGCGCAUCCAAGAUGACCAGCCCGUCACUCAAAGGGCUGGAACCCACGGUUACAUGGCUCCUGAAAUCCUAGCAGAAAAAGUGAGCUAUUCCUACCCUGUAGACUGGUUUGCAAUGGGAUGUAGCCUCUAUGAAAUGGUGGCUGGGCGAACACCGUUCAAAGACUACCAGGAGAAGGUCAGCAAAGAGGAUCUCAAGCGCAGAACCCUGACAGAGGAGGUCGUGUUCCAGCAUGACAACUUCACAGAGGAAGCAAAAGAUAUCUGCAGACUCUUCUUGGCUAAGAACCCAGAACAGCGCUUAGGAAGCAGAGAAAAGUCUGACGAUCCCAGGAAGCACCCUUUCUUCAGCACCAUCAAUUUCCCUCGCCUGGAAGCAGGCCUAGUCGAUCCCCCGUUUGUGCCAGACCCUUCUGUGGUUUAUGCCAAAGACAUCGACGACAUCGCAGAUUUCUCCGAGGUUCGGGGGGUAGAACUCGAUGACCAGGAUAAGAAGUUCUUUCAAAGAUUUGCAACAGGUGCUGUCCCCAUCGCAUGGCAGGAGGAAAUCAUAGAAACUGGUCUCUUUGAGGAACUGAAUGACCCCAACAGGCUGGCAGCUUACGGAAAGGGCAGUUCCUCCAAGUCCGGUGUGUGUGUGUUAUUGUGA